AUGGCAAGAGAUCUGGUGACCUCUGCAAGCAGGCAGCAGGGAGAUGACAGUGAGGUGUACCCACCAUCUGCUCCAUCAGUCCAUGAUUGUGACAAGCCUGAAGCAACUGCUCGCAGUGUUGCACGCGAAGCCGCGGAUCAGCUCGGGCGCAAAGUCGGCCAGUGGCAGCGAAGCCCAAAGAAUGGCUUUGAGUCCAUGCGCGAGAACGUACAGGGACUAGCGCCCUUGGACCUGAUUCCGCCCGUGUCCCCAGGGUCUCCAGCUCCAGCUGAAGAGCGCAUCGUGUGCCACGAGGUACUGCGCGCGCACAACGAGUCAGGGAGGUCUCUGGCGGCAGAAGCCAUCGCGAGCCAGGAAGGUGCUUGCGACGCAAGUCCUGCUUCUGCUGCAGUUAUGUCAGAAGGAUCGGCGGAGGCCCGAUAUCUGGCACGAGAUGCAGUGCAUCCUUUCAUGCUGUGA